AUGGACGGGAGUAGUCUCACCUCCUUAGACGGCAAGGUGGGCUAUCCUCUUGGGCCGUAUGGAGACGACUCAGAGAAAUAUAUGAGAAAGAAAACGAUGGCAGAGCCGAGAGCUCCAGCUGCUGCUGGCGACCAAGCCUCCGCUGACCAGUCGAAGGUCAAGAUUUUCUUCUUCUCCCUGACAUUCAUGUCUAGCUGGGAGUCAAUGGGCUUAAACUUGGCCGCAGUCUUUACCAAUGGCGGACCUCGGGCUCUUGCUUGGGGGAUUAUUGUCGUCGUUGCCGGUGGGUUGGCCCAAUCUGCCUCGAUGGCGGAGAUGGCUUCUAUGCAGCCGAUUGCUGGUGCCCAAUACCACUGGACUCAUUACCUCGCCCCCCAAAGGCAUAAGAAAUUUAUUACCUGGAUGCAAGGCUGGAUUACCUGGUUUGCGUGGGUGUCUCUUUUAGCCGGUGUUGCCAACACUACGGCAAAUAUGAUUCAGGGCCUGGUUGUCGUGAACUAUCCCAGUUAUGAACCCGAAAGGUGGCACCUUACACUUAUAAUUUUUGCUAUGUUGAUAGCCGAAGGGCUCAUGAACAUGUACACCUUCUGGUUGAUCCCGUGGGUUGAGCUACUGGCUGGUAUCCUCCACGUAGUCCUGUUUAUCGUCUUUGUUGUUGUCCUAGUCUCGAUGGCCCCCCGUCAUACCCCUGGAUGGGUGUUUUGGGACCACACCUCAUCGUCGGGAUGGAACAAUGAAUUCAUUUCAUGGAACUUAGGUUUACUCACGCCCACUUGGGGGUUCGUAGGAUUCGACGGAGCUGUUCACAUGAGCGAGGAAGUCCGUCGUGCAAAGCAUGCAGUACCCAGAUCAAUGGUUUGGACCGUUGCGACAAAUGGGGUACUUGCGUACGCAAUAGUCAUUACUAUCCUUUUUACUAUGGGUCCUAUAGACGAGGCUCUAAAGUCGAGCUUCCCUAUAAUUGAAGUUUGUCGACAGGCUACUGGAUCCGUGACGGCGGCAACUGCCAUGGUAUGUGGACUGCUCAUCAUUUCACUCGCCGUCAAUCUCGCUAGUAUUGCAUCAACAUCGCGUCUCACUUGGGCAUGGUCGCGUGAUGGAGGUCUUCCAACCUGGUUUUCAGUGAUUGACCAAAGGCACUGUGUUCCCGUUCGUGCAGUCUGGCUAUCUAUUGGUAUUGUCAUGAUACUAGCCUGCCUCAACAUAGCCAGCACUACCGCCUUCGGUGCAUUUAUUGCUCUUUCAUCUAUCGGAUUGUUCAGUUCCUAUUUUAUUGCCAUAGGCUGUAUGGUGUUUGCUCGGUUCUCUCGAGAUCGUCCCCUAGAGCUCGGAGAAUGGAACAUGGGAAACUACGGUCUUGCCGUCAACAUAUUCGCCAUGAUUUACACGGCAUAUGUAACGAUUUGGUUGCCUUUCCCCUCACUACUUCCGGUUACCCCACAAAAUAUGAACUACUCCUUGCCAAUUUUCGCAUUUACUACGCUAUCCGCCAUGUUAUAUUGGUUCUUGAGAGGUAAGAAACAUUGGGGAGGUUUGAAUAAGGAGGUUAUCCGAUUAGUAGUCGAGCGAGGCGAGUUGAACUUGAUAAGCUAA